AUGUGGCAGAGGCUUCCAACAAGAGAUAAACUGGCAGGUUGGGGUCUUAAUUUGCCUACAAAUUGCUUGCUGUGCGGAACUGGUUCUGAGACGAGUGAUCACCUCUUCUUCUCCUGCAACUACUCGACCGAGGUCUGGACUUCCUUCUUCUCUCAAUCUUCUUUAUCUCGACCAUCUGUUUUCCCUGAUGUUGUGGACUGGGUGAGGACAGUCACCUCCUCCAAGAAGGUUAAAGUUAUUAUUAAGCUUAUUUUUCAAGCCUGCAUCUAUUUCCUAUGGCGUGAGAGAAAUUCUAGACUGCACUCAGCUAUGCUGAAACCUUCUCAUGUAAUUCAGAGAGAGAUUCAACUUCAAAUCAGGGCUCGCUUACUAGGAUUGGACUGGGAAUCCUAUAAAGCGUUAGCCACUCGUUCUGCUAGCCAAAGCUCCUACCUUACACUAUGGUUCGAAAUGUUUCAGCCUCGGAAAGCAUGA